UAGUCCGCGUCGAACUUUUCCACGGCCAACCCUCACCGAGCGCCUCGAUCCCCCUUGCCCCCAUCGUCUUCGUCCGACCUCCCCCUCCUCCGCUCCCGAUCAGGCAGCCUCGCCGAAACCCUAACCCUAGAACGCCAUGGCCGGCUCCGUCCCACCCACCGGCGCCGCCAGGGCCGUCGUGCUCCGCCUCGAUGACUUGGCGCUGCCGCCGCGGUACCUCACGGUGCCUUCCCACCUCCCCGUCUCCGACCUCCUCCGCUCCCUCCCGCUCCCCUCCUCGUCCUACUACCUCACCUCCGACGGCCGCCCGCUGCCAGUCUCCUCCCCGGUGUCCUCUCUCCCGCCGUCCGCCUCCGUCCAGCUCCGCCUCCGCGCGCUCCGCGGCGGGGGCGGCGACGGCGGGGCCACGGGCGCCGAGUCCCGCGACUGCUACCUCUCCAUGUACCUCUCCAAGAAGCCCGACAAGGCCGACCCCAACGAGGCCCGCCUCUCCCGCUUCACCUGCUGCGCGCUCUCCGGGGAGCCCCUCGCUGCGCCCGCCGUCGCCGACCGACUCGGAAACCUCUUCAACAAGGUGGCACUCGUCGAGGCGCUGAUCCACAAGCGCCUGCCCAAGGCGCUCUCGCACAUCCGCGGACUCCGCGACAUGAUCCCCAUCCACCUGCAUCCCAAGCCGGACGCCGAUGCCACCGGGGAGGAGGUCAGGUUCCAGUGCCCCAUCACCGGGCUCGAGUUCAACGGGAGGUACCAAUUCCUCGUGCUCCGUGGGUGCGGCCACGUGCUGAGCGUGAAGGCCCUCAAGGAGGUGAAGACAUCCGCGUGCUUGGUCUGCCACAAGGAGUUUGACGAGGCGGACAAGAUGCCGAUCAACGGGACCGAGGAAGAGGUGGCAGUGUUGAGGAGGAGGAUGGAGGAGGAGAGGGGGAAGGUAAAGGAGAAGAGGGGCAAGAAGGUGGGGAACGGCCUCAGUGGCAGUAAGCAUGCUGCUGCUGCUGCUGUUGAGGCAGGGGCUGAGAAGUUGGGGAAUGGGAAGAAGGGGGAGGCCGCAGCAGCCAAGCGAUUCAAGGCUGCAGACCAUGCACCAGCCUAUGCGAACAAGGAAGUGUAUGCAUCAAUUUUCACAUCCUCCAGGAAGUCGGAUUUCAAGGAGACGUACUCAUGCCGGUCACUUCCGCUCGGAAGGAACUGAAUUGAUGUCAUGCCGGGAGACUGGGGGAGGUUGCAUGGAGACAAGAAAUGGCCGAAAGAUGUGCAAUUCCAGGAGGCAAAAUUUGAGACAGCAAAGAACGCCUGGCAUAAGAAUUUGGGAUACUUCUGCGCCUUGUAGUUUUUAAAUGUAUGCCUGUGAUGUACUGUCGCUUGCCCAUGAUUCAGCAAGCUGUAUAUACUGCGUGGUACUCUGUUUCGGUUUUUUGUAUGUGCGACAUGUCUACCAUAUUUACUCUGAUGGCACUGGUGAAACCACCUUCAUUCUUAUGGUCCCUUUGUUCUUCUAAAA